AUGUCGCAAAAUACUGCGCGUUAUAGAGAAGUCCUCUGCGACUUCAUUAAUAUUUAUAGAAAUGAGCCAUGUUUGUGGCAAAUAAAAAAUAAAUUGUACCACAGCAGAGACAAGAGAAAUGCGGCUCUAGAUAAACUAGUUGCGAAGUACAAAGAAGUGGAAGAAAGCGCAGACCGUGAAACGGUUUUAAAAAAAAUUAAUUCGUUGAGGACGAAUUAUAAAAAAGAAAAAAAGAAAGUCGAAAAUUCAAAACGGUCUGGUGCCGGAGCUGACGUUAUAUUUGAACCUAAGCUUUGGUAUUUCAAGGAGUUAAUAUUUUUAGAUGACCAAAUUGACCCAAGGACUUCUUGUUCAAAUAUUAAUGACGAAGUAGAGGAUCUGCGCGAUGAACGAGACGAGGAGGAAGAGUCAACUGAUGCUGAGAUUAAUCAAGAUAAUAGCCUACAAACACAACUAAAUGAACAAAAUGUUACUGAUGAUAACACAUCAAGCAACAAAACUAGCAGGCCAACACCAAGGAAAAAAAAUGAUAGAGAUCUUAUCAACAGCGUCCUACAAUCCGUUAAUGAUCAUUUUAAGCGUCCUAGGGACGAAAUUAAACAAGAAGAUCGUCACGAUAUUUAUUGUAAGUCCAUUGCAAGUAAACUUCGUGACUUACCAAGAAAACAAAGAAUGCUGGCUGAAAAAUUAAUUAACGAAGUUUUGUUUGAAGCUGAGUGGGGAAAUCUAACACUAGAUUUCAAACUUAUUAAUAUUGGUCACACUGAUAAUCGAUAUUCUCCUUCCUCGUCAACUAAUUUUUCGGCAGCAUACCAAUACUCGCCUCCCGGUCAUUCGUUGCAUCAAACAAUCCAAAAUUCGAUCCCUUCAUCUAAUAUACAGCAUCAAACAAUCCCAACUCCAUCUUCACCUAACAUGCAACGACCUACCACACCAUCAUAUCAAGUGUUAUAUUCCAAUAAUUCCUCAUAUACAAACUCAAAUCCCAUUAUUUCACAAAACAUGCAGAAUCAAAUGAACCCAAGUCCAAUUCCUUCACAAUCUCUUCCUAUACAAAAUGAUGAUCCUCCUACAGUAUUACUAUCAAUUCCAGAAAAUUCAGCAGCAUCCUUUAUCACCAAUUUUCGAAUUUAG